AUCCGUCUCUCUCACGUGCACGAUCUCUUGCAGUGUCAUUUCUAAGGUCGAUGUGCUUUCUUUCUCUAAUUUAUCAGAAUUAUUUGACUUUUGUUUGUGAGGUUUUCUGGCGAGUUUUAGUGUAAAUUGUUUUCACAAUUCAACAAAGUGUUUCUCGUUAUUUUGUGUUAAUAUCGUCAAAGUAACCUUUACAAAAUAAUGUCCGACAAAAAAGGAAACGAGAUGAUCAUGAAAGUAUGUUACUUCCAGCUUCAACUGCACAGGAAGAUGAGCUGAUCACCCCCGGACGUGGAUCCCGAAAAAAAACACUAUCGGUGGCGCCGGUCCUCCGCAAUCGAGUGGACCGUCUUUUACUCCGCAACCGCCGCCGCAAGCCAAUCCCCCAAUGCCUACGUCGCAACCGUACGGAGUAAUGCCCGGUAUACCGGGAGGUAAUCCCUACGUCAUUCCCGGACAGACUCAGAUUUAUCCUCAAGGUCCUCCUCCUACCUACGAUCAAGCUCUAACUCAUCCGGCGGCAAUCGUCGGACAACACAUGUAUCCCCCCGGCGCGAUGUACGCCGCCGGUUACCCGACGUAUUUAGGUUACCCGACUUACGCCCCGAUGCAGUAUUACCCAUCGUUGGGCGCUUACUCGUACGCCAUGCAACCCGCACAAUUGAGGCCGACCAUUAUGAUACCAAACGGGUACGACGCCGGCGCUCGAUUCGACGGUAUAGCUCAACAGGUACUUCCCCCGGCUCCGCCGGGCGUUCCCCCGUCGGCGGCGCAAUUGGCCGCGAUGGCCGGUCACCAGGUGGCGUUAGGACAGAAGAAAAAUACUUUCCUGGCGGGCGGAUCCGAGGGGGGGUAUACUUUUUGGUAGGAAAUGCUCGGGCGAGCGAUUAGGGGAUAAAAAAAAAGAAGAAGAAAAACGAAAUUGUUAUUAUAUUUUAUUUUUGACGGACGGAUGCCCCGAUGGGUUUUUUUUUUUAAAUCUAGUCCUUAGUUAAUAGGUCAGAAAAAAGUUGUUUGGUCGGUCGCAAAAGAACGAAACGAAAUUUUUGAUAUUUGGCACAAUUUUUUGCAAAGCGGAAGAGCUGUAACUCUUAUAGAUUGUAACUAACGGAUAAAAAUAAUAGUUACGUCGUUCGAUUGGUCUGAUUAGUGUUUUUUUCGAAACAAAAAUCGUUUGCGGGAUAUUCUGGCAUCAAAUUUUGCAAAUCCGAUAUAAUUUGCACCAUUUUUGUUCUACAACUGAAGUUGUAACUCUUAUAAAUUGUAACUGACGGAUAAAAAUAAGAGUUACAUCAACCGAUCGGUGUUGAUACACCGAUAAGGCUCUUUAGAGGACAAAACUUGUGUUUAUAAUGAACAUUUUUCUAAUUCUGACGUUUUCCAGAUCAAUUUCACUUUUUAAUUCGAACAAAAACUUGGCAAGUUGAAAUUUUGAAAGAAAAAUAAGAGUUACACCCCUUUUUUGGUCCAAUAAAAAUUUUUUAUAAGGCAAAUGAGGUUUAUAGAACAACAUGGCUCUACAUUUUGAUAAUCUUUUGUAUAUUUUAUCGGUUUUGGUUUAUUAACAGUAACCGUAACUCUUAUAAAUUGUAACUAACGGAUAAAAAUAAGAGUUACAUCAACCAAUCGGUGUUGAUACACCGAUAAGGCUCUUUAGAGGACAAAACUUGUGUUUAUAAUGAACAUUUUUCUAAUUCUGACGUUUUCCAGAUCAAUUUCACUUUUUAAUUCGAACAAAAACUUGGCAAGUUGAAAUUUUGAAAGAAAAAUAAGAGUUACACCCCUUUUUUGGUCCAAUAAAAAUUUUUUAUAAGGCAAAUGAGGUUUAUAGAACAACAUGGCUCUACAUUUUGAUAAUCUUUUGUAUAUUUUAUCGGUUUUGGUUUAUUAACAGUAACCGUAACUCUUAUAAAUUGUAACUGACGGAUAAAAAUAAGAGUUACAUCAACCAAUCGGUGUUGAUAUACCAAUAAGACUCUUUAGAGGACAAAACUUGUGUUUAUAAUGAACAUUUUUCUAAUUCUGACGUUUUCCAGAUCAAUUUCACUUUUUAAUUCGAACAAAAACUUGGCAAGUUGAAAUUUUGAAAGAAAAAUAAGAGUUACACCCCUUUUUUGGUCCAAUAAAAAUUUUUUAUAAGGCAAAUGAGGUUUAUAGAACAACAUGGCUCUACAUUUUGAUAAUCUUUUGUAUAUUUUAUCGGUUUUGGUUUAUUAACAGUAACCGUAACUCUUAUAAAUUGUAACUGACGGAUAAAAAUAAGAGUUACAUCAACCAAUCGGUGUUGAUAUACCAAUAAGACUCUUUAGAGGACAAAACUUGUGUUUAUAAUGAACAUUUUUCUAAUUCUGACGUUUUCCAGAUCAAUUUCACUUUUUAAUUCGAACCAAAACUUGGCAAGUUGAAAUUUUGAGAGAAAAAUAAGAGUUACACCCCUUUUUUGGUCCAAUAAGAAUUUUUUAUAAGGCAAAUGAGGUUUAUAGAACAUUUUGGCUCUACAUUUUGAUAAUCUUUUGUAUAUUUUAUCGGUUUUGGUUUAUUAACAGUAACCGUAACUCUUAUAAAUUGUAACUAACGGAUAAAAAUAAUAGUUACAUCAACCAAUCGGUGUUGAUACACCGAUAAGGCUCUUUAGAGGACAAAACUUGUGUUUAUAAUGAACAUUUUUCUAAUUCUGACGUUUUCCAGAUCAAUUUCACUUUUUAAUUCGAACAAAAACUUGGCAAGUUGAAAUUUUGAAAGAAAAAUAAGAGUUACACCCCUUUUUUGGUCCAAUAAGAAUUUUUUAUAAGGCAAAUGAGGUUUAUAGAACAACAUGGCUCUACAUUUUGAUAAUCUUUUGUAUAUUUUAUCGGUUUUGGUUUAUUAACAGUAACCGUAACUCUUAUAAAUUGUAACUGACGGAUAAAAAUAAGAGUUACAUCAACCAAUCGGUGUUGAUAUACCAAUAAGACUCUUUAGAGGACAAAACUUGUGUUUAUAAUGAACAUUUUUCUAAUUCUGACGUUUUCCAGAUCAAUUUCACUCUUCAAUUCGAACAAAAACUUGGCAAGUUGAAAUUUUGAAAGAAAAAUAAGAGUUACACCCCUUUUUUGGUCCAAUAAAAAUUUUUUAUAAGGCAAAUGAGGUUUAUAGAACAACAUGGCUCUACAUUUUGAUAAUCUUUUGUAUAUUUUAUCGGUUUUGGUUUAUUAACAGUAACCGUAACUCUUAUAAAUUGUAACUGACGGAUAAAAAUAAGAGUUACAUCAACCAAUCGGUGUUGAUAUACCAAUAAGACUCUUUAGAGGACAAAACUUGUGUUUAUAAUGAACAUUUUUCUAAUUCUGACGUUUUCCAGAUCAAUUUCACUUUUUAAUUCGAACAAAAACUUGGCAAGUUGAAAUUUUGAAAGAAAAAUAAGAGUUACACCCCUUUUUUGGUCCAAUAAAAAUUUUUUAUAAGGCAAAUGAGGUUUAUAGAACAACAUGGCUCUACAUUUUGAUAAUCUUUUGUAUAUUUUAUCGGUUUUGGUUUAUUAACAGUAACCGUAACUCUUAUAAAUUGUAACUGACGGAUAAAAAUAAGAGUUACAUCAACCAAUCGGUGUUGAUAUACCAAUAAGACUCUUUAGAGGACAAAACUUGUGUUUAUAAUGAACAUUUUUCUAAUUCUGACGUUUUCCAGAUCAAUUUCACUCUUCAAUUCGAACAAAAACUUGGCAAGUUGAAAUUUUGAAAGAAAAAUAAGAGUUACACCCCUUUUUUGGUCCAAUAAAAAUUUUUUAUAAGGCAAAUGAGGUUUAUAGAACAACAUGGCUCUACAUUUUGAUAAUCUUUUGUAUAUUUUAUCGGUUUUGGUUUAUUAACAGUAACCGUAACUCUUAUAAAUUGUAACUGACGGAUAAAAAUAAGAGUUACAUCAACCAAUCGGUGUUGAUAUACCAAUAAGACUCUUUAGAGGACAAAACUUGUGUUUAUAAUGAACAUUUUUCUAAUUCUGACGUUUUCCAGAUCAAUUUCACUUUUUAAUUCGAACAAAAACUUGGCAAGUUGAAAUUUUGAAAGAAAAAUAAGAGUUACACCCCUUUUUUGGUCCAAUAAAAAUUUUUUAUAAGGCAAAUGAGGUUUAUAGAACAACAUGGCUCUACAUUUUGAUAAUCUUUUGUAUAUUUUAUCGGUUUUGGUUUAUUAACAGUAACCGUAACUCUUAUAAAUUGUAACUGACGGAUAAAAAUAAAAGUUACGGUUACAAUGAGACUUGUUAUGAAACAAAAACGGUUUAUAGGACGUUACGACAUCAAAUUUUGUGAAUUUAAUAUAUCUAAUAUCGUUUUUUAUUUGUUUUGCCUCUUUUAAGAUGCAGUAACUCUUAUAAAUCAAAGCUGAUUCAAAAAAAUAAAAGUUACAAUCACCAUAGAGGAAAUUUUUUCGCUUCGUUAACUUCUGCUUCCUAAACAACAAAAAAAUGUCAUUUUUGACAUGUGAUGGGUUUAUAAAACAGUGUCGUAUGUCAUUCUUUUGCGAUUCGAUAUAUUAGCGCACUAACAACAGGCGUGUACGUGAUUUUAUUUUCUCUCUCUUAUUUUUUUUUAAUUAUUAUUAUUAUUUAAACGAUUCAGGUAUCGAAAAAAAGGAAAAAAAACGUGAAAACUCUUGUUUUAAUUAGGAAUUACAACAACAAAAAAACUUGUAAUAAAAUAGGACUUAACUAUAGUAAAAAUAAAUUAAUCGAAAUUAUUACCUCACUUUAGCUCUUAUUAAAAAAAUAUUCAGCAUUAUUUUUUUUUUGUUCUUUUUCUUAUAGUUUUAUCCAAAAAAAAAAUAAAUCGAAAUGGGGCAGCUAUAAAUAUUCGAAUUUCAAUAAUUAACCGUUUUAUUGACAUUUUUUUCUCAUAUAAUAUUCCUUAAAAAUAUUUUUAAAGUAAUUGAUGAUGUGUAACACAUUCGAAACGUAUUACUACUCCAUUUCCCCGUUGGAUUUAUCGAAAAAAAAAAUACGAUUGAAUCGACACCGUUGAAAUAUGUAUGGUACGAGGACGUUCCAAAAAGUGUUCACUACACCUACACUUGAAAUUGCACUUUCUGGUCCUUCGAGCCGGGUAUGAACUGUUUUAUAAGGCUCGAAGGACCAGAAAGUGUUUUUACUUGAAAAUUGAUGGAUUUUCGUACAAUAAACUCCGUUUUUCACAACCGGCGAGCUUAAAAUGGCGUUAAUUUUGAUUAUCGGCCAUUUUAAAUAAUAACAUUACUAACGGCGAGUUCAAAAUGGCGUCAAGUUUAAUUAACGAAAUUUUUAAUCAAGUCGGCCAUUUUGAAUAAUGGCGCUGCUAACGGCGAGAUCAAAAUGGCGUCAAGGUUAAUUAACGAAAUUUUUAAUCAAGUCGGCCAUUUUGAAUAAUGACAUUACAAACGGCGAGAUCAAAAUGGCGUCAAGGUUAAUUAACGAAAUUUUUAAUCAAGUCGGCCAUUUUGAAUAAUGGCGCUGCUAACGGCGAGAUCAAAAUGGCGUCAAGGUUAAUUAACGAAAUUUUUAAUCAAGUCGGUCAUUUUGAAUAAUGACAUUACAAACGGCGAGAUCAAAAUGGCGUCAAGGUUAAUUAACGAAAUUUUUAAUCAAGUCGGCCAUUUUGAAUAAUGGCGCUGCUAACGGCGAGAUCAAAAUGGCGUCAAGGUUAAUUAACGAAAUUUUUAAUCAAGUCGGUCAUUUUGAAUAAUGACAUUACAAACGGCGAGAUCAAAAUGGCGUCAAGGUUAAUUAACGAAAUUUUUAAUCAAGUCGGUCAUUUUGAAUAAUGACAUUACAAACGGCGAGAUCAAAAUGGCGUCAAGGUUAAUUAACGAAAUUUUUAAUCAAGUCGGCCAUUUUGAAUAAUGGCGCUGCUAACGGCGAGAUCAAAAUGGCGUCAAGGUUAAUUAACGAAAUUUUUAAUCAAGUCGGUCAUUUUGAAUAAUGACAUUACAAACGGCGAGAUCAAAAUGGCGUCAAGGUUAAUUAACGAAAUUUUUAAUCAAGUCGGCCAUUUUGAAUAAUGGCGCUGCUAACGGCGAGAUCAAAAUGGCGUCAAGGUUAAUUAACGAAAUUUUUAAUCAAGUCGGUCAUUUUGAAUAAUGACAUUACAAACGGCGAGAUCAAAAUGGCGUCAAGGUUAAUUAACGAAAUUUUUAAUCAAGUCGGCCAUUUUGAAUAAUGGCAGUGCUAACGGCGAGAUCAAAAUGGCGUCAAGGUUAAUUAACGAAAUUUUUAAUCAAGUCGGUCAUUUUGAAUAAUGACAUUACAAACGGCGAGAUCAAAAUGGCGUCAAGGUUAAUUAACGAAAUUUUUAAUCAAGUCGGCCAUUUUGAAUAAUGACAGUGCUAACGGCUAGAUCAAAAUGGCGUCAAGGUUAAUUAACGAAAUUUUUAAUCAAGUCGGCCAUUUUGAAUAAUGGCAGUGCUAACGGCGAGAUCAAAAUGGCGUCAAGGUUAAUUAACGAAAUUUUUAAUCAAGUCGGUCAUUUUGAAUAAUGGCGCUGCUAACGGCGAGAUCAAAAUGGCGUCAAGGUUAAUUAACGAAAUUUUUAAUCAAGUCGGUCAUUUUGAAUAAUGACAUUACAAACGGCGAGAUCAAAAUGGCGUCAAGGUUAAUCAACGAAAUUUUUAAUCAAGUCGGCCAUUUUGAAUAAUGACAGUGCUAACGGCUAGAUCAAAAUGGCGUCAAGGUUAAUUAACGAAAUUUUUAAUCAAGUCGGCCAUUUUGAAUAAUGGCAGUGCUAACGGCGAGAUCAAAAUGGCGUCAAGGUUAAUUAACGAAAUUUUUAAUCAAGUCGGCCAUUUUGAAUAAUGGCGCUGCUAACGGCGAGAUCAAAAUGGCGUCAAGGUUAAUUAACGAAAUUUUUAAUCAAGUCGGCCAUUUUGAAUAAUGACAUUACAAACGACGAGAUCAAAAUGGCGUCAAGGUUAAUUAACGAAAUUUUUAAUCAAGUCGGCCAUUUUGAAUAAUGACAGUGCUAACGGCGAGAUCAAAAUGGCGUCAAGGUUAAUUAACGAAAUUUUUAAUCAAGUCGGCCAUUUUGAAUAAUGGCGCUGCUAACGGCGAGAUCAAAAUGGCGUCAAGGUUAAUUAACGAAAUUUUUAAUCAAGUCGGCCAUUUUGAAUAAUGGCGCUGCUAACGGCGAGAUCAAAAUGGCGUCAAGGUUAAUUAACGAAAUUUUUAAUCAAGUCGGUCAUUUUGAAUAAUGACAGUGCUAACGGCGAGAUCAAAAUGGCGUCAAGGUUAAUUAACGAAAUUUUUAAUCAAGUCGGCCAUUUUGAAUAAUGACAGUGCUAACGGCGAGAUCAAAAUGGCGUCAAGGUUAAUUAACGAAAUUUUUAAUCAAGUCGGUCAUUUUGAAUAAUGACAUUACAAACGGCGAGAUCAAAAUGGCGUCAAGGUUAAUUAACGAAAUUUUUAAUCAAGUCGGCCAUUUUGAAUAAUGACAUUACAAACGACGAGAUCAAAAUGGCGUCAAGGUUAAUUAACGAAAUUUUUAAUCAAGUCGGCCAUUUUGAAUAAUGACAGUGCUAACGGCGAGAUCAAAAUGGCGUCAAGGUUAAUUAACGAAAUUUUUAAUCAAGUCGGCCAUUUUGAAUAAUGGCGCUGCUAACGGCGAGAUCAAAAUGGCGUCAAGGUUAAUUAACGAAAUUUUUAAUCAAGUUGGCCAUUUUGAAUAAUGUCAGUGCUAAUGGCGAUACGCUGGAUUCUUUAUGAAUAUACCUCGUAUUUAAAUGAUAAAUCGACAUUUUUUUGGGAUGAAAGUUGUGUCCUCGUACCGGAUACUUUCAAUUACAUUAUUCAACGCGUGUUUUUUCGUCAUUUUUUAUAAUUCUGUGCAAUUUUCCAUAAAAAUAUUUCCGUCGACGUUUGUUACGUUUCAUUGCGGUCCUAAUGGCUGAAAUAUUAGCUAACUUUUUUUUAUUUGUUUAAAAAUUAUUGACGGUUGUGUUUUUGUUUAAGUUUUUUUUUAUUUACAUCACAAAUUAAGUUUUGUGCCAUUUGUUGGAAGAAAAAACCUUCCAGGUGGAUUUUUAGACUCAAAUAAAAUUCUUUUUAAAAGCUAGAACAAUUGGAUUUUUUUUUAUUUUACACUAAUAGAUUUUUUUCGGAAACUUCUCAUCCGACCCUGGUAUAUACAUGAACGGACUAUGUUGAAAGUCUAAAGAAUAUCGAAACUUUUUCGGUUACAUCCAAAAUAUGAAAAUAAUGUUUUUUUUUCUUAAUUCUCACAUUACUUCUCAUCCGAACCCGGUAUAUAUAAACAAAGAAUACGAAAAUCAAAAAACUUUUCAAAUAGUCUCCGAAUCUCAUGAAUGUCAAAUUUUCGUUUAUCUUGAUUCUUCUUUUUCUUUAAUUUUCAUCCAUAUAGCAAUUCCAGUUACUUUUUAAAUAUAAAACAAAACUACUGGAAUAUUUUACAUGUUUUUAAAAGAAUCUGUUGAUAAUUAAACUGAAUAAAGAAUAAAAAAACAAAAAGUAAACAUUGAUAUCCAAUACUCACAUGUAUUAAAAAUAAAACUAAACAUAACCUACAAAAAGCAUCGAGUCACUAUUAGAUCGAUUCAACACAGGUGUCAACAGUGUAGUAAAAAAAUCUUGCCGUGUAAAUCGAUUUUGAAAAAAAAUUCACUAAUAUUUCAGUUUUCACAGUUUUGGCAUCACGAAUAUUCACUUUUUAUUCUCAUUAUUCGUCGAUGAGAGACCACAACAAUCGUUGCCAAAUUGUGAAUCCCACUAUCUAAUUAUAAAGCUCCCAAUCGUGCUAAUAUCAAUUUUCUAGUUGAAUUAUUUAUCAUCAAAUUGAAAUUUAACCAUAGGAGUGGAAAUUUUUUCAACUUCUAUGUCAAUACUUUUGUAAAAUUGUGGUCAGUUGCACACUACGACCCGUCAUCAAAAACAAAUGAAUAGUAACUGAAUCAUUAAUAACAAUAACUUAAUAGUCUUGUUUAAAAAGGCCACUUUUUGAAGUUGACAGCUUUCAAAACUUUAUAGUAAGCUUAGUGGGGGUAUAAUAAUAUUUGUAUUAUCCGUUUAAAAAAAUGUUUUGAAUACUUGAUUUAACGGAAUUGUUAUACGAGGGAGAUAAAUUUUAGUUAUUCAUAAUCGUUAUGAUUAAACGUAUUGGUUAUUUCACUUUUGUUUAUGAACUGGUGCAACUGACGACAAAAUUUAUAAUUGUCAGCAUGUUUCAACAUUUCCAUCUCUUAACAGAUAAGUAGUACAAAUAAAUAUUUUUUUUUAGUCUCAUUUACUUAUGAAGAGGUAAUUUGAAAAGUGUUUUUACUAAAAAAAAUCAAUUUUAAAUGAUUAAAAUUUGUUUUUACGAAUUUCGUGAUUGUGUAAAUUCUUGUAUCUAAACAAUUGUUCUUAGGAUGAUAUUAGUUCGUUUUGAACGUACUUUUUCUUAUAAAUAAUAAUUAUAUUAUUACAGAAAAUCAAUGUAUAAUACUUGUAGUAAUAGUAUUGUGAAUUUUUGAGGUAAAAAAACACUUGAAUAUUUACCUUUCCAUAAAUUCGAUAUUUAUUUCUAUUUUUUUAAUGUUUGUUUGAUCUAUUAUAAAAUAAAUAAUUAAAUAUACCGUUAAUUGAAAUGAAAUCAUUCUAGCGCAAUAAAUAAAAGUUGAAUGUAA